UCAACUUUGUUUGAAGACAUCACACUCUCUACCCUUCAAAAUUUGAAAUCAAACUCGCUUGCAUAAAUAUUGAAAAAGAGACUGAUUGCAUCGGAUAAUCCGUUCGAGGGGCAAAAGCUAGGAAGAAAAAUUCUCAAAAAGUUAUUCUGAAGCAUCAACUAUGGCGGAGGCCGCGAUCUUAGGGAUCAUACAACAUCUCGAGAGUUCGUAUGCUAAUACAUACUAUAACAACUUGGAAUUCAGAAUUAAAAAGCUACGAGGGAUGUUGGAUUUCUUGAGUGACUUGAAAAUGGAAGAGGAGAGAAGGCCAAAAUAUUUGAUGGCUGACUUGCUCGAGUUGGCUCAAGAAGUUGCGGACAGCAGGUACAUUACAGAUUACUGGUUCGAUACAUACCACAUUGAGAUCGAGUUGACAAAAAUGCGAAUCAUAAACUUCGGAGCAGAUGACAAAAAUGAUAGAGAAGAAGACGAAGAAGUUGUGGUGGGGUUGGAGAAAGACGUGCGCAAGUUGAUUGACAAAGUAUUAUUAAAUGAUUUAUGUUCAGACCAUACUUGGAUUAUCAAAGGCAUGGCUGGUAUAGGAAAGACAACUCUUGCAAGACAAGUAUACAACCAUAAGGAUGUCGUGGGCUGGUUCGAGCACCGGGCGUGGGUGUCCAUUACCAGUGACAAGAGUAACAAAGAGAUACUUGUGGAUCUGAUACAACAGAUGGCGGUAGGCAGUGAAGAAUUAUUUGAAAGAGAUUAUUUGUUGGAGGAAAAGGAUAAUCGAAGUCUACGAAAGCUGCUUCUGCAACACCUGGAAGGAAAGCGAUAUUUAAUGGUUUUCGACAACAUGCUCAGAGGAAUGAACUUGGGAUACAUCUUUCGAGAUAUAGAUGAAACAGGUAAAUACCAUGAAGACUGCGGAAGUCGAGAGUUGUGGACAAGUCGUUUUUCUACAAGUAUAGGCGAUAGUAUUCACAACAUGAAACCUUUGGAUGUUGAUACGAGCUGGCAAUUGUUUUUGAAAACAAUUGAUAAAUUUACUAGUAUUGAGAACAAAUUCUCAAAGGAUUUGGAGAGGAAGGGAAAAGAGAUGUUGAAAAAAUGUGGAGGCUUACCGCUAGCUAUAAUAGAUGUUGGAAGGCAGAAAGCAAAAGAAAGACUUUCGGGGAUUGAAUGGGAAGAACUUUUUGAUUCAAUUGAUUUGAGUGAAUCAUUGAAAAAAUUGGAACCGAUGUAUGAUGAACUGGAUGAAGAUUUUAAGGCAUGUUUCUUGCAUAUGUCCUUUUUUAAGGAAAAUGCAAUAAUGAGGGAAGAGAAGUUGGAACAAAUUUGGGCUGCUAGUGGAUUAUACCCACUAACUACACUUGAAGAACGGUACAACGGAAGAGGAGGGACAUGUUAUGUUUUACUUAAAGAAUCCAUUAUUGAAGGAUUGAAUGGAACUCCACGCCAACGUGAAGUGAAAAGGUGUCGAAUGAAUCCUCUACUACACAUGCUAUCAGUAAAAAAAGCGGAGGAGGAAAUCGGCUUGGAGAUCUUGAACAGCAAUCGUAAUAGUAAACCCUCUCAGAAUCCUCGUCAUCGUGUUGUUCAUUGUGGCAGAGAGAAGUUCAAUCAUUCCAAAAAUCACGAAAACAAACAGCUUAUUUCUCUCAUCUUCCAUGGAGGUGGUGGCUACUUAGAGGAUGUUAGCCCGUCUUACUGGGAGAGUUUUGAACUACUCAAAAUACUCGACUUGGAAGAUUUUGGGGUGAAGAUUAUGUCAGAAUCAAUCGGCACUUUGACUAAGUUAAGGUACUUGGGAUUAAGAAACAAUUACCUAACGAGGAUCCCACGCUCGUUGGGGGAUCUUGAAAACCUUGAGGUUCUUGAUAUAGAUCUAAACUUUAUGGUGGAGGUGCCGGAUAUCAUAGGGGAAAUGGGCAGCCUUCGUAAUCUCUACAUGUCUGAUGUGAUUUUCCGGCAUCCUUUGAAAAUAGACACACUAGAGAAUCUCGAGACGCUAACCAACAUCUCGAUUUAUGAUUGGGCAUAUGAGGUCUCGGGCUUGGAGACAUUGAAUCGUCUUGUAAAAUUAGGCAUUGAAGACAUUGAUGAAAACUUGGAUGUAGGCAAGCUCUUUGCGUCACUAGCUAAGUUGUGGAGGCUCAGACGCCUUAUCUUGAGAGGGCCUCGUUUCACAAGCAUGCCGUGUUUGGAUGAGAUUGGGGUUUUUUUUUUACUUGAGAGACUUAGACUAGAUGGACGCCUCGAUAGGCUACCAAGUGCUAGUAAUUUCCCUCGAAGUCUUCAUCACUUGAUUUUGGCUAAUACUUGUCUUGAAGAUGACCCCAUGCCGAUACUAGAGAAGUUGAGAGUACUGAGGCGCCUCAAACUGCAGAAUGCAUUCACUGGUCGAGAAAUGGUGAUCCAGGACAAGGGGUUUUCAUCUCUCCGUUUCCUUAGCAUCAACGAGUUGUGGAAUCUUAGAAACAUAAAAGUUGGAAGGCGUGCACUGCCGUUUCUCGUCCAACUAGAAAUCAAUAAUUGUCCACGUCUUGAAACCAUUCCGGAAGAGAUUGGGUCGAUGAAGGAUUUGGAGGAGUUUAAAAUGGUAACAACCAAACACAUUGCAACAAAGAUAAGAGCUUCGGGCUUAACCUCCAAUAUUGUGGAGGUGGAUAUCGUUCCAUAAUUUCAAAGGUUUUUGUGUAGGAUCUUCAUGGUCUAAGGAUCGUGGAUGCUCGCGAACGGCAUACUAUCGAGCUGCAAAGCGGCACGCUAUGCAUAUUGAUAGAAAUCCAUGGGUUCCAUCCUAAAACCAAUCGGUGAUAGGAGGAGGGGCCCAUGAGACUUAUAUAAUGAUUUAAGUUCUCUUUGUACACUGACAUGGGAUAAUUGUAUUAUAUUCUUUUAGUUUCAAUUGCCAACACCCUCCCUUAAUUAUACACUGAUGUGUGAUAAUUGUAUUAUAUUCUUUAAGUUUCAAUUGCCAACGCAUAUAUUAUUAUAUGCCCUCUUUGCACUUGCAUUCUAUGUCAUACAUCAUGUUGAUGAUUAACUAAGCCUUUUAUUUUUUCACUUA